GAUGCCUUGAGCAUUUACUUUGAUUUCGUCAUUCGAUUACAUAGAUGUGGUCUCAGGAUUGAACAUUCCCUUGGUAAAACACAGAUCCUUCCUUCAAGGUAUCAGUACUACACGUGGCUUGCACAAUGCUCGUGUUACAUUUGAGAAUAAUAUUUUUGUUAGUGUGGAGUGAAGAUGUGUUAACUCACAGACAUGACAGUAGAACAAGGGCAGGCGUCACUCCAAAAAAUCAUAACUACAACGUCGCCCAAAGGAGUGUGCACAAAUCCAUCUCAGAUACUAACCGGCGAUGGCGCAGGGCGUAUGGGUCAGUUAUUACCGACAUGGGCCAUGGGAGGGGACCUGCGACAGGUGUGUCCCCUAGGGACGCCAUCAAGACUUCGGUGAGUAACACUAAUGCAAACUCGUUUAAGAUGAAAAUUGUAGCGAUGCAUGAAACGAAACGUUUGGCACACAAAAACGCGGACUCCUCAAACUACCCCGAAACGCCAGCGAUGUACUCUCCAACAGCAGCCAGACGCCAAGAAUCUCGCAGGCGCAUGAAAGAAAAGUUGGAUUCUGUGAAGCCUGCUUCCAUGGAAACGCCAGGUGAUGGAUACAAUUACUCAAAGCCACGUUCUCACGGUGAGUUUAAAGGCCAUGUGAGGACCCACCGACAUAAAAGAGGCACCACAGACCACCAGAAGGAAACACUUAAGAAUGGAAGAAAAAGGCUAAAGAGAGACCGCCUUCCCCCUGCACAGUCGCAUACCUUGCUGGGACCAACUUUGUCGGAGGAAGAAAUGGUCUCGACAACUCUGGCUUUCACCCAAUCCACGGAUUUUCCAUUCGAUAUGACCACAAUUUACGAAUCGUUCACGCUGCCAUAUGAUGAUCUCUGGGAAACUGUUACCCCACCUAUUCCUCCUAACACACAGGAGAAGACGAACGACACAAAGAAUCCCUUCUAUCCCAUAACGAGUGAAUCGUAUGGAGCAUACGCCAUCCUCUGCGUUUCUGUCAUUAUUUUUACCGUUGGAGUCAUCGGGAACAUCUCGACUAUGUGCAUCGUGUGUCAUAAUUACUACAUGAGGAGCAUCUCCAAUUCGCUGUUGGCUAACCUGGCCUUCUGGGACUUUGUGGUCGUCGUUGUCUGCCUGCCUUUGGUGGUGUACCAGGAGCUGACCAAGAGCUGGUUGCUGGGCGAGUUCUCGUGCAAACUCGUAUCUUAUAUUGAGGUGGUGUCCCUGGGCGUGGCCACCUUCACGCUGUGCGCCCUGUGCAUCGACCGCUUCCGCGCGGCCACCAACGCGCAGAUGUACUACGAGAUGACGGAGAACUGCGGCUCCACCGCCGCCAAGCUGGCCGUCAUCUGGGUGGGGGCGCUGCUGCUGGCGCUGCCCGAGCUCAUCGUGCACCAGCUGACGACAGGGGACGGGGACUCGCCGGACGCGCCCGCCCGGGAACGCUGCGAGGUGGGGAUCUCGCUGGAGCUCCCGGACACGGUCUACGUGGUGGGGCUGACCUACGCCGGGGCGCGGCUAUGGUGGUGCUUCGGCUGCUACUUCUGCCUGCCCACGCUCUUCACCAUCGGCAGCGCGCUGGUGACGGCUCGGCGCAUCCGGCUGGCGGAGAAGGCAGGCGCCCGCGGCGGCAAGCAGCAGGCGCGGCUGGAGAGCCAGAUGAAUUGCGUGGUGGUGGCGCUGGCCAUCCUCUAUGGCCUCUGCGUCAUCCCCGAGAACGCCAGCAAUGCCGUCUCCGUCUACCUGGCGGCCGGCGUGCCGCGGCGGGCCGCCGACCUGCUCCGCCUGCUCGCCCAGCUCCUUCUCUUCCUGCGCUCGGCUGCCACGCCCUCGCUGCUCUUCUGCGUCUGCCGCCCCUUCGGCCGCGCCUUCGUGGAGUGCUGCUGCUGCUGCUGCUGCCGUCGCCGCGGCGACACCCGCACCCCCGGCGGGCCGCCGUCGUCAGCGUCGGCUGCCGCCAGCGAGGACAACGACCGCGAGCGGACCACCGAGCUGGAGCUGUCGCCUUUCGGCUCCGUCCGCCACAACACGCCCGUCUACGCCGCUGUGGGGACGCAGUGCUGAGCACUGGCCUACACACCACACAUGUACGCGCUUUAUACAAGCCCUGAGGUGUGUACCUACAAUGCACAGCGCCUUUAUUCAUAGCUGUGCAAGAUGUACGCAUCUGCAGCAUAAUCCGUUCUUUUAUGUCAUAGUCAUUAAUAUAUGGAUAAUUAAUUUUACAAAUUCAAUUUAUUUUAACCUGAUUUUGCUCUCACU